UUUGCUUCUGAUCAUCUUAGCCUAGCUUUCUUUCCUGGUUCUCUGCUUUCCAUUAAACCUAUUUCCCACCCACCCCCGGGGGGGUAUUUUUCGCCUCCUUCAUCCCCUUUCUUUCUCCCCGGCUCCCUCCUCUCUCCUCCCCUUAUUUCCCUGGGCUCUGCACAGGCCCAGUUUCUCUAAUCAGAUGAAGCUGCAGGAUUAUCUCUCUGUCCCUCGCUGCCAGUCUCCAUUUUGUUUCCUCUCCGUCGGGGGGAGGCAGCACUCCAGUCCAGUGGUGUUGUGGGGUCACACCUGUGGGUGUAAAGUAAAACUCCGUGGCGGCUUCUGCUGCUUCUCGUCGUGCGUGGAUGCUGGGCUGGCGUUCGCCCCCUGCUUUGUUGCCUAGUGGGAGCCCCCACGGGGAGGCUCCACUCUUAUGGCUUCUUCCGGGUUCCCUUUUUGAUUUCUGAGCAUCUUUGGAAGGAGAUCCACCCCCUCGAGGAGGCUUCCUGGCCUGGCAAGUCUGGAUGUGUGAGCUCUCUCUCUCUGUGGAGGGAAGGUAAGGACUGCGGGCAGGCGCUGCGGACUCUCUUUUCUGCUGCAGUUACCACGGAAUCUCGCUCUGGACGCGCGUCUUCGGGAACAACAAGAACUCUCAUUUGUCAUGGCAACUAACAGUCAUGGACUCCGCACCCAUUCCCAUCAAACCUUAAACUCUGUCUGCCAUGGUACCCUGAGUCUGAACAACCACCCUCUCUCAAAGAGCUCCUCAAAUUUGGCAGGUGUCCAGCGAGCGGAUUCUGAGGAAAGACAGAAUGGCAAACAGGAGCUCCGAAAAAGUCUCAGUAGUUCUGCUUGCCAAACCCAGGUGAGAGAGAAUGAUGUUGGAAGCACACCUAGUUCCGAAUGGUCUUCAACCCACUCAGAAAUUGCAUCCACUGUCAGGACUGUAAGCAGCGUGUCUCUGAGUGACAGUACGCAGAGUACUGCUAAGAGCUCCAAACAUUUCUUGUGUGUUGACCAGUCCCCAGUAUCUGGGGAAGGGAUGGGCAUGAGAACGCACAUCAAGAGCAGCACUAUUGACAAUGUAUCUUCACCUUAUGGUGCAAAUCCACAGCAUGUGAGUACAAUGGAGGGAUUGGGAGCUGGAGUCCAGAGAAGCCUUUCUGACCUGUCCUGUAGCUGCAAGCAACAGAGUUCCAUUCCCCACAUGGAGUCCAGUGCCACAUACUCGGCUAUGAGUUCCAACAGCAGUUAUGGUACUUCUGCGGGCCAUGUAGCUCAUCACAGACCACGCUAUGGGUCAGAAACGUAUGAAAACACCACAGAUUUUCAAAGCCACAUGACUCAGGUCCCCAGUUUGCCUAGAGACCAAAAUGUGCCCACUAACAUAUUUGACAAUGGUGCACUGUCACAUAAUGCGACUGUGUUUGCAGAUCCUGUAGCAUACCACACAAAUGUCCUUGGAUCACACAUGCAUGGUGAUAACCUCUCCAACAGGGCAAUGUAUGCUCAGGGUGGAAUUGUGUACAGUAACUUUUCAUCUGGCAUGUACCCAUCUGGCAUGAUGGCCAUUCACAACAGUUCUGCCCUUCCCUAUAACAUUAGGCAGGAGGCUGCUAUGAAGGUAGAAGGCACCAUCCCAGCCUAUUGCCAUUCCUUGCCAAUACCUUCUGUUCAGUUCAUUCCACGGCUGGUCUGCUCAGCUAGUGAAUCCGGGAAAGAACAAGUAAACCCUGGGUAUUGUCCAUCUUUGCCUACUACGGAAAUGGCAACCCCUCCUAAGCUGGUGUCAUCUGUCAGUGAAUCGGGCCUGGAUGCAAAACGCAUACUGAGAUGCUGUAGCACGCAUGGGGAACACAUGAUGCACGCUCAGCCUUACCCGCAGCCAAACAGGACCCAACAAGAAAUGAAGACAACCUAUGUGGUACUGAAUAGCCACCAAGAUGGUGUCAAUACUGUCACGAAGACUAAGGACACAUGGACUAUGACCUCCAUGAAUGACAUUGCCCGAGGACUGCAGCCUCCACCUGAGUGCAAAGAUGCAGAAGUACAAACCAUCCCAACAAAGGAAUGCAAGUCUGUGGCAACCAGCCCCUCUGUUGUAGCAGAAGGCCACCCUCACGUGUUCCCAGAAGUGAAUUUGGAACCCGAGGCAGAGGGCGAAAAGUCCCCAGUACGAGAAGUAAGAUGGGAUGAUGAAGGCAUGACGUGGGAAGUCUAUGGUGCAGCUGUUGAUCCUGAGGUUCUUGGGCUGGCCAUUCAGAAACAUCUUGAGAUUCAGAUAGAACAGUUUCAAAUGGAACCUGUGGUGCUUUCUAGGAAAUGUACAGAGGAACUGCCAGCUAAAGAGGAAAAAGAAGAAGAAGAAGAGGAAAAGGAGGAAAAGAAAACAUCUUUCAGAACAAUGCUGCAUUGUCUAAGAAAUCCCAGCUGCUGUGCCCGUUCCAGCACAGCAGUGGAAUAAACUUUCCCAGAGCUUGCUGUGAAAAAUGAAAGAACAGUUGCAAAUAAACAGGGUACCUUAAUACUGGUACAGAAUGUGUAAUCCCUUGGGAACAGAACUGGAAACUGUGAGCUGGUCUAAAAUAGAACUCUGCAAAAGUAGAGACUCCAGGGAGAAUCAUUAGUACAUGUUCUUGAGAGCUGAUCUACACAUUUUCUUAGAAUGUGGUGGUAGAAUUCUGGACUGUUUCAUUUCAGACCUCAGAUGUGGGGAGCAGAAUCAAAUUUUUGAUUGUUCCUCCACAUAAAAAAGCAUGCUUACUAAACUGGAGCAUGACAGAGAAAGGCAUGCUAAACUUUUCUCCCAGGUGUU